AUGGAUGGAAGAGAAACAAAUUUGAAGCACGGGUGCUCUCUUCAAAUGGGAAUAAAUAGAGAAGCAAUCAAGAUGUGGGAUGAAACUUGGACUACGAUUGAGAUUCUGAACUCCAGAUUUGACUUUUUAGUUGCUCGUCACAGCUACUUCACACUAUAUUUGUUUCGUUUUACAGCAAUUAUGAUGUGGGAUGAAAUUUGGACUACGAUAGAGGUUUCGAACCCACAAUAUGACUUUUUAGUUGCUCGUCCCAACUACUGCACACUAGAUUUGUUUUGUUUUGUGCUCAGACAGAGUCCAAAAGACAACAACUUUAGUACAUCUUCUUUUGUGGGCCAUUUUAACAUGAUACAAGUGAUUAAGAUGUGGGAAGAAACUUGGACUACGUUUGAUUUUGGUUCAGUUCUGAUACACGGACAGCGCCGCGGCCAGUACGGCGCCGGCGUCACCCAGGCCACCGAGUUCGACUGCCCGGAGGAGUUCGGCUACUACCCCCACCCUAGCGACUGCACACAGUACUACGUGUGCGUGUUCGGAGGCGCGCUGCUCGAGUCCUGCACAGGCGGGCUCAUGUACAGUCAUGAGCUCCAGACCUCCCGCGCCCCCGUGCAGCAGCAGCAGAGGUCGCAAGCCACGUUAUCCAGGGAGCAGCAGCAGCAGGAGCGACGCCAGCGCAUAGAACAGGAGGAGAUCGCCAAGCAGCAGCUGUACGCGGAGGACCUAGGCCCCGCCGAGGAGGUGGAGAGCGACCGCCAGCAGCGAGUGUACCGCGGCCAGCCCUCCAGUCUGGGCCAGGUCGCCCGGGACCGCGACGGCCUCAGGCACCAGCCCAACACCAUCCAGGCGCCCAGCACGUCCCGCGACAAGGUGUCCGUCAUCUCCUACGCCACGCAGCCGCCCCCGCAGUACAGGCCUGAGCCCAGUGCCGCCCCUCUCCAGUACUCCCCGCAGCCGCCGCAGCCCCAGCCCUCGCCGACCACGGGCCGCUCGGUGUUCGCGCACCCCGCCAACACGUCGUACCAGCCCAACAACUACGACCAGUACUACGCCGUCUACGACGACGACGACCAGCUGUACCGCGAUGUUGACUACGGCCACUACCAGAACAACCAGGGCAACUCUCCGCAGCCGUUCAGCCGAGGUAACAACAAUAACAACAACAGGCAAGAGCCCCAGAACGUCGAGAUCGUGAACCAGCCCCAGCAGCAGCAGCAGCAGGCCCCGCAGCGCCAGCAGGCCAACAACGCCUACGUGUCCUCCAGCUUCAACGUGCAGAGCCAGGACGUGUACUCGCCCACCGUCUCGUCCCAGGACUACAACGACAACUACAACGCCCACGUGAACGUGCAGUACGACGUCGACGACACCUUCCCGCAGACCAAGCCGUCCAGGGGCAGCGUCAGGGGCAGAGGCAAGGCCACCUUCACCACCGCCAGCGUCCCCGAGACCGGAAACAGAGGCACCCCGUCGUCCGUCGCGCGCGGGUCCCGCCCCACCCUCAAGCCGUCCACUGCCAUCGUGUCCAAGGCGCAGGAGUUCAUCGACAUCUACAAGUACCCUCCCUCCAGGCCCGAGUCCGUGUACCCCACCCCCACGCCGGACAAGUCUGCCGCCAAGUGCCGCAAGGACGUGUGCCUCCUCCCCGACUGCAACUGCGGCGGCAAGGACAUUCCCGGCGACCUGGAGCCGGAGCAGGUGCCCCAGAUCGUACUGCUUACGUUCGACGACGCCGUCAACGACUUGAACAAGGGACUGUACCAAGACUUGUUUGAGAAGGGCCGCACCAACCCCAACGGCUGCCCCAUCGCCGCCACCUUCUACGUGUCUCACGAGUGGACGGACUACGGUCAGGUGCAGAGCCUGUACGCGGACGGCCACGAGAUGGCCUCACACUCAGUGUCGCACAGCUUCGGUGAGCAGUUCUCCCAGAAGAAAUGGACCAAGGAAGUGGCAGGACAGCGUGAGAUUCUGGCCGCCUAUGGAGGCGUCAAGCAGGAGGACAUCCGUGGCAUGCGAGCCCCCUUCCUCGCCGUCGGUGGCAACAAGAUGUUCAAGAUGUUGUACGAUUCCAACUUCACCUACGACUCCUCCAUGCCCGUGUACGAGAACAAGCCCCCUAGCUGGCCCUACACUUUGGACUACAAGCUCUUCCACGACUGCAUGAUCCCCCCUUGCCCGACCAGGUCUUACCCAGGUGUCUGGGAAGUGCCCAUGGUCAUGUGGACCGACCUGAACGGCGGCCGCUGCUCCAUGGGAGACGCGUGCUCCAACCCGCCCACGUCCGACGGCGUCUACAAGAUGCUCAUCAAGAACUUCGAGCGCCACUACACGACGAACCGCGCGCCCUUCGGCCUGUUCUACCACGCCGCCUGGUUCACGCAGCCCCACCACAAGGAGGGCUUCAUCGCCUUCCUCGACACCCUCGUCUCCAUGAACGACGUCUGGCUCGUGACCAACUGGCAGGCCCUGCAAUGGGUGCGCGACCCCACCCCCAUCAGCCGCCUCAACAACUUCCAGCCCUUCCAGUGCAACUACCAGGACCGGCCCCGACGCUGCAACAACCCCAAGGUGUGCAACCUGUGGCACAAGUCCGGCGUGCGGUACAUGAGGACGUGCCAGCCCUGCCCCGACGUGUACCCCUGGACCGGCAAGUCUGGCGUGAGGAACUCGCGCGUGGACAACGACAUCGGCACCGACUAAUGGACUCGCUUUCCCUCUUCUUUCCUCCAAAUU